GACGUCACGAGCGGAAGGUCAGGGUUGCCUCAGUAGAGGAAGUGAGAGUGCGAGGCCCCGUCCGCCAUUGUGGAGAAGAGCGAGCCCCGUCCAGAGCAAAGAGUCAGAGCCGGGCAGGGGGGGCGGCGCGAGGUGAGCCAUAGAAGAGGCCGCGGCGGGCCCACCGGACAUACAAGCCUUUCCUGAGUCCGAACACGAGCCGCACUCUGUCGGUGUACCGGGGGGGAGACAGAGCGGCCGCGGGAUCCUAUCGGUGGGGGAACCUCCCGAGCUCCGAAUUAGCGCCAUCACCCGCCGUGCCCGGACACACUGCGUCACCCUCCGGCCGAUCUGCCCCGGGGACUCGCCCUCCGUGCACCCAGUGCCCAUAGACAGCGCCAGCAAGGGAGGACCUCACGGCGGCCCCCCACCACCACCACCAUCUCUGGCUGUGCGGGAGAAUGUCUGCGACCAGCGUGGAUCAGAGACCUAAAGGACAGGGAAAUAAAGUUGCAGUACAGAACGGUUCGAUGCAUCCAAAGGAUGCAGUAAACGAUGAUGACUUUGAGCCAUAUCUAAGUAGCCAGACUAAUCAGAGUAACAGCUAUCCACCAAUGUCAGAUCCAUACAUGCCUAGUUAUUAUGCUCCAUCCAUUGGAUUUCCUUACUCACUCGGUGAAGCAGCAUGGUCCACCGCAGGCGAUCCACCUAUGCCAUAUUUGACAACAUAUGGACAGAUGAGCAAUGGGGAACACCACUAUAUACCGGAUGGAGUGUUCAGUCAGCCUGGAGCUUUGGGGAACACUCCUCCUUUUUUAAGCCAGCAUGGGUUUAAUUUUUUUCCUGGGAAUGCAGAUUUCUCAACAUGGGGGACAAGUGGAUCUCAGGGACAAUCAACACAAAGUUCUGCAUAUAGCAGUAGCUACGGAUACCCACCUAGUUCUCUUGGUAGAGCCAUAGCUGAUGGACAAGCUGGAUUUGGCAGUGAUACUCUAAGCAAAGUACCAGGCAUUAAUAGCCUUGAGCAAGGAAUGACUGGACUGAAAAUUGGUGGGGAUAUGUCUGCUGCUGUAACAAAAACCGUAGGUUCAGCUUUGACUAGUGCAGGCAUGACGAGCAUAGCUGCCAACAGUGUUCCCCCUGUUAGCAGUUCAGCGCCAAAGCCAACCUCGUGGGCUGCCAUUGCUCGAAAGCCUGCCAAACCUCAACCCAAACUUAAACCCAAGGGUAAUGUGGGUAUUGGUAGUACUGCUGUUCCUCCACCGCCUAUAAAACACAACAUCAAUAUUGGAACUUGGGAUGAUAAAGGGGCUGUGGUAAAGUCCCCUCCCACUCAACCAGCUCUGCCUCCUCAGCCUGUAAUUCAACACCCUCAGCCAUUAACUCAACCUCUUCCCAUGGUGCAAAACCAACUGCCUCAACAGCAGCUUCAGCAACAAGGUCCUCUGCAGCAGGCCCAACCACAUCAGGUGCAGCAGCAACUUCAAAAUCGCUGGGUGGCUCCUAGAAACAGGGGGGUGGGCUUCAAUCAGAACAAUGUAUCUGGUAAUGAUAAUUUUAACUUGGGUGUUGUACCCAUUAGCUCCUCAACUUCUGGUGUUGAGGUACACCCCGUACUGGAGAAAUUGAAGGCCAUAAACAACUAUAAUCCCAAAGACUUUGACUGGAGUCUGAAAAAUGGACGUGUGUUCAUAAUCAAAAGCUACUCUGAGGACGAUAUUCACCGAUCUAUCAAGUACUCUAUCUGGUGCAGUACUGAACAUGGUAAUAAACGUUUGGAUGCUGCUUACCGAUCAUUGAAUGCAAAAGGCCCACUUUAUUUACUCUUCAGUGUAAAUGGAAGUGGACAUUUUUGUGGUGUAGCUGAGAUGAAGUCUGUUGUGGACUAUAAUGCAUAUGCUGGAGUGUGGUCCCAGGAUAAAUGGAAGGGAAAGUUUGAUGUUAAAUGGGUCUUUGUUAAAGACGUUCCCAAUAACCAACUGCGACACAUUCGUUUAGAAAACAAUGAUAAUAAGCCUGUUACCAACUCAAGGGACACUCAAGAAGUACCCCUAGAAAAAGCCAAGCAAGUUCUCAAAAUAAUUGCUACAUUCAAGCAUACAACCUCUAUUUUUGAUGACUUUGCACAUUAUGAAAAGCGUCAAGAAGAGGAGGAAGCCAUGCGAAGGGAGAGAAAUAGAAACAAACAAUAAUAAUUGUAAGGAGGUAACCUGCUAUAAUCUCAACACUAAUGAUGCAGACUCUGGAAAUGCCUACUUUGUCGACGAAAACAUAGAAUGCUUUUUAUUUCUGCUUAAGGUGACAUCUUUGGACACUUUAACACAAAUUGACUCCCCCCUCCCCACCCCCCCUCCUUCUCCUUGGUUUCAUCCGUGCAUCAGUCGUCCUCCUUAUCAUACACUCUUGAGAACUUUAACUUCAUCAAGCACUUUGUCCAGAAGCUUUUAUCGGUAUCUGCUGUCCUUUUUGUAAUCAUCCAAGCAAAGACACAGGAGACCCAUCAAAUGAAUGGAUUAUUUGUUUUUAAUUUGUUAAAUACUAACCACCAUUCGAAAAAUGGCUAGAUAACGUGAGAUUCACGGUGCUUCUUUUUUUUUAAUUAUUAUUAUUUUAUAUAUUUUGUCUUUUUGUUAGAGGUUAACAAAAAUGAAUCAUGCCAUGUCUAAUUUAAAAGUAAACUCCAGUUGUCUGUCAGAUAUUGUAGUAUCAUCGAUACCGACUUUUAAAAUGCAGUUUAGCCAAAUCGUAGAAAUUUGUUCCAGCUUUUUGGUGUAAGAAAAUAUAUUACAAUGCAGUUUUGUCUCCACCUCGCGCUUAAUUCACACUUGUUAUAUUUCUUUACCAAUAUUUAAUGGCUUUGCUGUCAAAAUCAGUCCGUGCUGCUGAUUUUUGGUAACAAAGAAGGGGGGCGACAAAUAAGCAUUCUUGUUUGGUACCACUUAGUGUCACAAAUUUCAAUGUUUUGAAUAAAUGUACCUCAGUCCAAAUAUGACUUUCUGUGACCUUUUAGCCUACGUUUAAUAAUCAAAAUCAUGCUGCUGGGUGUUUUCAAACCUGUCCAAGUGUUCUCGAGAAAAUAGAUCUACUCCAAAUACUGAUAUUCUAAGCGUAAUAAAUAUAAUUUUGAAUAGCAAGCAUA